AUGCGGAAAGGUCCCAUCUACCGCCUCCCUCAAGAACUCAUCGACGAGGUUGUCGACUGUGUCUAUAGCGACUUGUCAGACGAUAAUGACGGCGCUUUACUCUCACACCACGUUGCUUGUCCGCUCGUUUGCCGCUUCUUUACUCAACGAAGUCAAAUGCACGUAUUCCACGCCAUCAAGGUGGGCACUUACCGCGAAGAUCGGAGCGAAGAAAGAGCACGACGGAUUCAACGGCUCAAAAGAAUUCUGAAACGAAAUCGGCGACUCAUUUCCUAUAUCAUUCGACUAACAAUCGAGAUCCCGCAGGAUAAUGAAUGGCUAGGAACAGAUAAAACAUUCCUCGACGUUAUAAAGACCAUUGUCAAUAAGGAUCAUUCUUUGCAGGCACUAUCCCUUUGGGGGUCAUACGGCCACCUGGUGAAUCCGUCGGCUGUAUUGAACAGUUUUUUUGCGCCGUUCAUCCUACCAUCCAUUACCUCUUUGGAGCUCCGGUGCAUCCCAGCCUUUCCGUUAUCGAUUAUCGCUAGGUGUACACAGUUGAAAACGUUGAUUGUAAGCAACUUGACACUCUCUCGAUCACCUGUAGAGCUUUCGCCCCCCAUCCCCGUCAUAGCCCAGUCGACAGGACUCAAGCACUCUCUUGUUAAGCGGCUGUUCCGAAGGAAAUCCACCUUCCCAAAACCAUCUACCGACUCUCAUAAUCUAGGAAACCCUCCCCAACUUCAGCACCUGGAAUAUGCAUCGUCUGGGGCUGCUGUUGCCACAAUGGUUGAGAUUCGGCAAAUAGACCCAUCCAUUUCAGCAGAUUUAUCAAGAUUGCAAACUCUCAAAUUGCGUAUGGGUGACCUAGACGACGUUGUUCACGCUCAGACCAUCAUCGAUGAAGCGUCGGAAUUCCUUCGCCAUAUAUCUCUAUUAAUCCAUCCCCUUCCAGGACGCAUUAAUCUUCGCAAAAUGCGCAAAUUGGAGUACUUACGCAUCGAACAUCUAGUUGGAAAUCAAAUCACUAUGGAGGAUCCGCUGUCUGGAAUACUGAGCGUCAUGCAAACGACCCCGACGCUCCACUUUCUGGAAGUAAUGCUAAAGGGCACCGUUACAGACACCCAGGGCCCUGAAACAUUCCGUACGGCUGAUUGGGACGGAUUCGGUUCCGAGAUCGAGAGACUCGCGAGUGCGAGUGGGAAUCUUCGCGUUUUCAUUUGUUUAAACGGUGACGUUUCAAGGGACUACCUCAAGAACCCGGUCCGACAGAUUCUGGAUGGCGUCUUUGAGCCCCUUCGUCGUCGUGCGAGGCACAUACCGACCCUUAAUCUUACUGUUAUCCAUCAAGUUCACAGAUUCUUCUCGUCGUAA